GGUAGGGCAGACUGCAGAGACAAGAGUUUGAACUGGACUAUGGAACCGACUCAGAGCAGAGAGAAAAGAGAAAUGGAGGAAGAAGAAGAAGAAGAAGAAGACAACGAUGAAGAAGCGAAGGCGAAGAAGACGACGACGAUGACGCCAUGGGAGCAGCACUCAGCUGUCAUCAGCAUCCCUCGCUUCGACUACAACGCCCCCUCUUCCCUCCUCCGACGCUCGCACUCCGGCUUCCUCAUCACCUGCACCAUCAAGAGGGAGAAGAGCGCAACCAAAGAAGCCAUGUCCCUCCUUGAAAAGUGUUAUGGGACAUUUGCUGCUAGGGAGAGUAAUAACUUGGAAGUGGCUGAUGCAAAGUUAACUCCUAAGAGAAGGAAAGUAUGUCCUGAGGAAUUGGAUAAGGAAGGUGCCAAUGGUGCCGAGUGUGGGCAUUCAACAGAUCAGAAUGGCAACGAGGAUGGUAAGCUUUCAGAAGAUGUAUCUUCUCAAACGGAGGAAGACAGCAGUGCGAAUGAAUCUCAAGCACUUUCAUUAGUCAAGUUGACAGGGAGUGGUUUGCUUCUCUUUACAUUCCCCCAUGAGGAUUCAGCCGACACCGUUCAAAUUGUGUCUGAUAUUAUUGAUUCCCUGGGAUCUACAGAUUCAAGUUCCCCACAUUGGUGUCAUCGAAUUUUCCCUAUCCAAGCUACAUGCAGUUUGAAUGAGCCUGACCUAAGGACUGUUGUUCAAAAGCUUGUUCUCAAGUUUUUAAAGGAUAGGCCAAGCAGACUUGCAUUACCAAUCAAGUUUGCAGUUGGAUAUAAUAGAAGAGGACUUGAAGAGACAGAGCGGAAAAAUUCAAAAGAUAAAUCUGAUGGUUCUGAUCUACUACCUUUGUUGGACCGCCACAAAUGCUUUGAAGUCGUAGCUGCGGCUGUUAAGGAUGCUAUAUCAGAUUCAGUUGUAGAUCUUAAAAACCCCGAGAUUUCUGUUCUGGUUGAGCUGCUACCCCUUUCGGCUGUUCCUAGCAGGUCAUUGGUGGCCGCAGUAUCAGUUCUUCCACAAAAACUGGUCACUACAAAGCCACGGCUGUGUGUGAAGGCGUUGGUUCCUCAGGCCAAGUCAAAGAAUAAGUGAGUUGGUGGACUAUAGCAGCAACUCAUAGCUGUGCAAUCUUCUAAUGGAGGUUGCUUGAGAUUCUGGCCUUGGAUUCCAAAGAACCAUGAAGAGAUGAAACAACAGGAUCCAACUGCAAUCCAUUCAUGCUAGUCGGUUUUCUGUAGAUGCAACAGGUUGAUAUAGUCACGUCAACGAAAAGUUCCAGUCCAUGCAAGUUGACAUCUUAACUUGUUUUGGACUAAAGGUCGGCCUCCGUGAGGAGUAGGAAUACACUAAUAAUUUCUUGAUCCUUCAGAACAUACUGGGAUUUGGGAAGUAAUAUUGAUCUUUCUGUUUUAUAUCCCAGUGUCUUGGUGCUCUCAUAUUUGACCUAGACUACACUACAUUUUAUUUUCCUUUCUCCUUUAGAGUCGAAAUAUAUGUCUCCAUGAAAAACUUGCAAAAUGCAGUGUUGGUGUCAGAUAUGCAAGUCAACUAUGGUUUUGUAAUUGUUCACUCAAAAUUUUCCCUGAACAAGAGUGUAUUUUCCUGUU